AUGGAGUCUUUUCAAGAAACUACAACAACAACGAAUAUUCAUCAAAACCAAGUGUACAAUCAAAAUAAACAAAGAAAAAAGACUAAAACGAAAAUGUCGUUACACAAUAUCGACGAAACAACGACGAAACUUUCGACGAUCGAAAGCGAACUUUUAAAUUUUAACAAAUUCGGAUUGUAUCACGAAGAAAUAGUCAAACCACGAUUAAUUUUACAAUCUAACGAAAAAAAACGAUUCAAGCUUCGAUAUCGUCCUAUAGAAAUAGGAGAUCAUCAAAAAACUUAUACUUUUUCUAUAGUCGACAAUCCUCACACUACAUAUCAUAUCGAAGUUAAUGGAAUAGCUACUAUACCGAGACUCGACAUGAAUCCUAACAUUAUUUUUGAAAAAAUAAUGGAGAAGAAAAUAGAUGAAACGAACGAACCGUCCUUUAUGUUGGAUAAUAAUAUAUUCGAUUUUGGAUCUUUGGUAUUACUCAAAAAAGAUAAAAGGUCACGUUGCGCAACGAUAUUCACUUUAAGAAAUAUAACACCGAUAGAAGCAGAAGUAUCAUUACUUUUUAAAGAUAUCAAUGCAAAUGAAUUUGAUAUUGAACCUGAAACAUUAAUUAUUCCUCCUUACGAGGAUGGGAAAUUGAUCGUAUCAGCCGAAGUCAAUAAACUCGGUCCAUAUUAUAACGAAUUAUAUAUUUGUACAAAAAAUAAUCCACGAGUCGAUAUAAUCGAACUUCGAUGUUACGGUAUCAGAUUGGAGGUUGAACUCGAUGAGAAACAAUUAUCUUUCGGACGUGUACUUCUCUACAGAAAGGUAGAUCGUUUUACCACCAUUCGAAAUAAAUCCACCGUACCGAUAUUCUGGCGUAUCGAAUGUAAAGAACCCUUCGAGCCCCAAAUAACGUUUACCCCAAAAGAAAACCUUCUACCACCUUUAAAAGAACAAACGAUCGAAUUUUCCUAUGAUGCUAGUACGAUAGGUGUGGUAGAAGAGAAAGUGGAUUUUCAAAUAUUUCUUCACGAGGACGAUGAAGAUCCCAUUAAUACCGACGUUAUUACAAUCUUUGCUGAAACUUACGACGUAUUGGUCGACGUCAAUUAUGCCAAUCCAAUCGAUUUAAAAUUUGUCCUGGUCGACCAUCGUGUCAAUGCACGUUUCGUUAUGAAAAAUCGUGGGAAUUACGAAGUUAAAUACAUUAUAAAAUUCGAUGACAAUGCGAAGCUAAACGAUAAUAUUGCCACACCUACGAACGUGAAAAAAAAUCUUGAGAUUUAUCCAGUUACCGGUACGAUACAAGCACAGAAAACAGUUACGGUAGAAAUGACGUUUUUACCAAAAAAUGAGAUCCAUUUGAAGGAAGCUCCGAUAUUGAUCUGUCACAUUCUCGACCCUAAUCAAGAUCCGAUGAUCGUAGCAGAAUUUCCUUUAAGCGUUUCGCUCCAUGCAUAUUAUAACAGAUUCAGUUUAAAUCCUUAUCCCGAAAUAAAUUUCGGCGUGAUCCCAAUUUCUACUAAAAAAAUCAUGUAUCUCGAUAUCGAAAACACAGGAGUCUUUAAGUUUCAUUAUACAAUACAAAUUCCAGUAAAAUCGAUAGUUUUGCCUGUAAAUGUAAAAAAGGAAGAACGAUCGAAGAAAAUAAAUACCGGAAGGGACACAGACAUCGUCAACACGAAUGUUAACAGUACUUUAAAUGUCGGUCCAUUCGUAUUAACGAAAAUAGAGGCUGACGUCGAGGCCGGUCAGAUCGAUACUAUUGCAAUCGAAUGUAACGCAGGAAGCGUUGGUCUUCAAGAAAAAGAGAUUAUUGUGUUUGUUCCGGAUACUGUUAUAGAAUAUAAAGAUGGGAAAAAAUUACUUCUGUGCGUUGAGUCUUGCAUUCCGUCGAUUGAUUUCACGAAUUUAGAUAAUAUGUUUCGAAAUAAUCAUAUUGUCGAUAACAUCGAAGACUUUCUUUGUCCCAAAGAGAUCGGUGCUCACACAGUGUUCGCACGUCAACCAAAGUGCCUCCAUUUUCGUCGCGUCACUAUGUCAAACGCAUACACGACUUGUUUCGAGGUCCACAAUAGAGAUAUCGUACCUGCUGACAUAAUAGUCAAAGCUUUCGUGAAAAGGCCUUCGAACGUAAAAGCUACAACUUUCAUUGUGGAACCACAAAAGGAACGGAUACCAGCUCAUAGUUAUAAAAGGAUCAACAUUACUUUCUCUCCUACGUUGAUCGAGACCUAUUAUGGGUAUUUAGAAAUCUCGGUAAACUUGCCACUUGGCAUAAAUACAGAAAAAUUGAUAAUUGAUCUAAUCGGCGAAGCCUGCGUGCCGGAAGUAACGAUAACAGAACCAAUCGGUGAUGUACACGAUGGAGCAAUCAUAAGAUUUCAUCGUACACUGGUAGAAGAAACGAGUAUUGAAAAAUUUUCCUUUGAAAACAUUGGAUUUGUUAAAGCAAAUGUUAUCGUUGAAGUUUAUGAUAAUCCCAAUGGUAUCUUCAGCUUCUCAGCUACUCCCGAUACUCAGACUCUUCUACGUACCACGGAUUACGAGGACGAUGUUCAAGACAAUCGAUGCUCCACCGCUGUUAUUCGUACGAUGCCACAAGAUGUUGCCAGUUUCGAAGUUAUGUUUUCUCCGAAAAAUAUUGGAAAAUACACAGGUCGUAUACGUCUUUUUAUAGUUGACAAUCCUUACGACAACUUAACGAUCGAUCUCGAAGGCGAGAGCUUCCUCGAAUCGAUCAUACUUCAAGAUCUAGAAUUUCUAAAUAUGAAGACUAACAAUCGUCGAGAAUCAAAUCUGAAAAAAAAUAAAUUAUCGUCUACGUAUAGCUUGUUAACAGAUCCAAUACCACCAUUUCUCUCCUAUAAAUUGGAUUAUGGUACCUGUCACAUCAAUAAAAUGUAUAAAAGAACGUUCAAGAUCGUAAAUAAAACUUUGGAUCGAUGUUUUCGUUUUCAAUGGACUGCUCAUCCCAACGUAGUUUUCGAACCAUCGAUUGGACAUCUUCAACAUUCAACGAGCAAACAAGUUACCGCUACUUUGCUCGAAUCUGAACCUAAGAGGCAUGAUGUAACCAGACUAGAGUGUGUCGUUGCACAAAUCGAAAUUUCGAACUACACGGGAGAAACUUCUUGGGACGACAGGCAAACCAUCGUACGUUGGGAGAAAAUCGAUAUUGCCGAUGGCAAUAAGGAGGACAGCUUAUCGAAAAAGAACGUGGAACCAACUAUCGAGCCAGAACAUACUAUAAUACCUGGGACAAGUAGAUGUAUACUUUUGUUAAUGAACGCAAUAAUAGGAUUUUCAGAAUAUUCUUGUUCUGCGACUUCGAUCGAUUUCAAGGACACACUUAUGUUCCAAAAACGUGAAUACACGUUCACCUUAUCGAAUCCAAGCAACGUUAACACGGAUUAUGCUUGGGUGAUAAAUAUGGAUGAGGAAUAUCCAAAACGAAUAUCAGGUAGUACGGUACGUCUAAGCGAAAAAUCGAGAUCUCGUGAUUUUCAAUCACGAUCAGGAUCAAAAUCAUCACGAGGCGUUCUUUAUCCGAUCGAAGAGAAUGAUAAUAACCUACGUUUACAUCGUUGUAAACCACUUCCUAGUCAUGAACCUUUCUUGGAUAUAAAACCACCUCCGUGUACCUGCAAAGGGUCAGAUCUUUAUAGCAGCACAGCCUGCCUAACGGAUCGAAGUACCGACAGUUGGCUCGAAGGGGAAGAUCUGCCAUUCGAGAUAGUUCCACGAAGUGGAACAAUGCUACCCGGAGAAUCUCUAGAAUGUACUUUAACAUUUUCACCUAGGGAUGUAUUUGAUUACAAAGCCUAUCUUAAUUGCAAGAUAGAAAAUCUUGAUCCAAAAUUAACAGAAUUAGUGAUACCUAUCAAAGCAAGAAGUAUACUUCCUUAUUGUCACUUUGAUGUACCUGAAAGUGAUUACGUAUCAAGUGGCAAACGUGAUCGAAAAUUGCCAGGACCUAUUGGGUACUCGAUGAACGACGUAAUUGUAGAAAAUAUUAGAGUGAUCGAAUUGAAUGUGAUCGGUGUUGGUAAUGUACACACGAAACGAUUUCCUAUGAUAAAUCCUACCGCCGAUAAUUAUCAUUUUUCUUGGAAGAAUCAUACUCCUUAUUUCAUCAACGAGGUCACCAAUUUUCAAUGUUUAGUACCGGAAGGUGUUGCAGAACGUGGGAAACAAACUGAAAUGGCAUUCACAUUUUUAUCAACUGACGUUGGCAUCUUCGAGUCCUUUUGGAUGUUCUCGAUCGAGAAAUAUGAUCUAGAAUGCCUAUUUCUUUUUGUUGCUAUAGUUAAAGAACCUGUAGUAUAUUGCACGAAGCCAUAUUUAAAAAUGAAGCCUACUCUUCUAGAUCUCGAAGUUCAAGAUUCCGUGAGUAUUAUCAAUAAAGAAGAUUUUGAUAUUUCUUUUCAAAUAUCAAAAGAAAGUCUCUACUCCGAAGGACAUUAUCAAAAUAUUAUCGUGACACCAAUGAACGGUAUUCUUAAAGCGAACGGCGAGCAAACGUUUUGGAUAAGUUAUAAACCAAAAUUAGUAGGAGAGUUUCAAUUCUCUGUACAAUGUAUCCUAAAAUUCUUAAGAAAUCCACUUACAUUUUUCGUAAUCACCACAACUUAUAACAUAAUGCCUUGCAUCACAUACAUUAACAAGAAAAAUGAGGAUAUAAAAUUGUUGGAUCAUCAAGAUAACAUCGUUGACUUCGGCAAAAUAAUACCUAAAAGAGCCAAUAUCAUUAAAUUUAAAAUAAUCAAUUCAGGCAACGUAACAUUUUAUUAUACCUGGGAUCUUGGUAUGACAGCAGAUAUCAUCAGUAUGAAUGCGUAUGUUAUAUCUAUAUCUGAAAAGAAAGGUCACGUUACGAGCGAAUCCCAUACAACUUGUUGUCUAACUUUAAUUGCUAAACGAAAAAUGUUUAUAAAGAAUCAUUGUGUUAUCCUAAAGAUUUUAAAAGGUCCAACUUACCGAUUAAUUUUAAAAGCAAUUGCGUGUAAAAGUCCAAUUGAAUUCAGCUUUCGUCAAUACGAUUUCGGUCCCUGUUACGUGCGAGAAUCAUCCCCUUAUCAAAUCGAAUUGCGCGUGAGCAAUACCGGGAACAAACCCCUCGUAAUGGAAUGCAAGUUCGAGGAACAGCCACACAUGUCGAUUAAUCUGAAUGAAUUAUCUCAAGCUCUGGCAGGCAAAUCCAGCAUAAGUAUUCCUAUCAAAUUUCGACCUUUGCAGGAAACUAAUUACGAAGAAAUCUUAAAGUUUCUAAUUAAUUCGACCAUCGAGGAAAAUAUUAAGAUCACUGGCGAAGGAAUCAAUUACAAAAUUCGUCUGGUGAAUUCACGGGAUAAAAUAAUCGAAUUGGGUAAUGUACCGGUACAUAAAACAUUGAUAAGAAAAGUACCUGUGAUUAACGAAGGUCGUGCACCGGUUGAUUUGAGAUUCGAUUUAAUGAACAAUCUAUUGCAUGACAAAAAAUAUAUAGAAAAAGCACCUACGUGUAUCCCAAAAUCGAACGAGAACAUUACACAACAUCAGGAAUCCAUAAUAAAAGCCAAAAGAUCUGACGAGAAUGAUAUAAAUCUUCAAAGAAACAUGACAUAUGCUGCUCGAGCUCUGAUAAUUGAACCGUCCGAAUUGACCCGUGUUCGAACGAACGAGAAAAUAGAUUUGACGAUCAAAUUCAAAGCAACAUCUAGGAUAAACAUGUUUACUCAAAAAGUCGGAGCCAUAGUCGACUCGACCAUUUUCUCUCUUUUUAUCCUUCGCGGUAGCUGCGUUGGACCAGAAUUUCGUUUGGACAAAUCAUACAUCGCGUUUGGUACCAUCAUUCAGGGUUGUAUCAGUGAAACCAAAUUGGUUUUGAUGAACAUCGGUGAUGUAGGAGGAAAGUUUACAUGGGACACGUCGAAUCUGCCGAUCGAUUUUAAAAUUUCACCUAAAUCCGGUUACUGUUCUCCCGGCACCAACGUUCAUUUUAUCGUGAAAUUUGAACCGAUUCAUGAAAGAAAUGUAAUUGAAGGAUACGCAGAAAACGUGAUUGAAAAGUUUGACACGUUGAAAAUAAAAAUAACCGGUGCCUGCAUCAAAUUACCGGAUCCGAUUGAAACAUUAUCUUUUAAAACUUUCGUACGUUCGAAAGAAUUUAAAUUCGUAGACAUCUUUAAUGAUACCGUAUUACCGUGGAAAUUAAAACCAGAAAUAUCUGGAGAAUAUUUUUACGUUGACAAUAUUCUCAAUGUUCCUCCGGAAGAGUCUACUUCCUGUACCGUCAUUUAUCAGCCACUUGUUAUGAAUACCGAAGACAAUCUUCAUAAGGGAACAUUGUUGAUAAAACUACCAGACAACAAAAUACCUUUGUUAUACUCUUUACGUGGACUCAGCUUACCUCCACAAGCUAUAUCCACAAUUGUACGUCAGUUUCCUGCAAAAAUGAAAUAUACAGAAUUAUUGCCCGUGUAUAAUUGGAUGAACAGGCAUCAGCAAUUUAAAUGUAUAAUAGAAACUGUAGGAGAGAAGAAAUUAUAUUUAGAAGGCUCUAAUAAUAUUCCAAUAUUCAGUUUUACUGGCGAUAACAAUAUCGACGUACCAGCGAAUAAUCAACGUGACUAUCGUGCUAUUUUUCAUUCUUAUAAAGAAUCAUACUUUCAGUUCAAGAUCACGUUUAUUAACGAAGAUGGAGAGUAUCAAUUUUAUGAGAUAGAAUAUACCAUAACAAAACCGGAAGUGAUCGAAUCGAUCAAAUUAAUUACGGACGUACGUUCGCCCAUAUGUCACACGUUACAACUUCAUAAUCCAUUAGAGGAUAUCCCUAUAACAUUUACAAUUAAUUGUCAACAUCCAGCAAUCAUUGUUUAUGACAUACCUAUAACCCUAUCGCCAUUAUCGAAUGGAUUUAUUACGAUCAAUUAUAAUCCGAUAUUAACGUCCGAAGAAACGAUUGAGAAACUUGAUAUAAUUUGUCAAGAACUUGGAUGUUUCCCAUACGAAUUACGAUUAACGGCGUUGCCUCCGGUCUCAGAAAAAACUACGCAUGUCACAGCGAUAUUAGGAAAUACUGUAACAUUUUCACUUCCAAUAAGAAACUUUACUUCGAAGAAAGCAGACUUUGUUAUUGAAGUAAACAACAAUAGUUUUAUUUGUCCUAAAAAGAUUGAGAUGGAAGGAUUGGAACGAGGUUCGAUCAAUGUCAUUUACGAACCGCAUGAUAUCGAAAAUAUUACGGCUACUUUAAUAGCCAGUUCAAACACGGCGGGCAUUUUUACAUAUCCUAUAAUUGGUACUUAUUCAUUACCUAAACCACAAGGCCCAUACACGAUGACAGCAAAUUCACCAGUUACGAUUAAAUUUAAAAACAUUUUCCAAGAAACAAAAACAUUCGAAUUCCUCGCGAACAGUAAUUUAGAUUUCGAGAUUAAACCGACAUCACAAAAUAUUAAUCCAAAACAGGAAAUUAAUGUCACAGUGUAUUUACGACAAACGAAUGACUCAGAAAACGAAUUUUACGAAAAGUAUCCAGUGACGGGUAAACUUUCUGUGCAUUGCACAGAUCCUAGACUCUCUCACGUGAUUUGGAUAUAUUAUUUAAGAGGAAUUAUCGAAUAA